CCACGAUUGCUGAGCUUAGAAAGGAGAAUGCCAAGAUUCCCGAACUUGAAAAGAAAUUUGCUGAGAUUAAAUCUGAAAAUGUGAAGCUGAAGCGGAUUAUCGAGGAGAAUGAAAAGCGCAAUGUUAGAGUUGAGGAAUUAGAGCAAAAGAAUAUAGAGCUUGAGACUAGGCUCGCUAUAUUAGAACAGGGAAAAGAAGAAAAAAGUAUUUCUACAGAAGAUGUUGCGCACUCUCCAGUAAAUUUUAACGAUUCUCUCAAACAGAUAGUGUUACCUUGUGGUGAUACCCCGAUAUCUGCUUCCUCAAAAUUACCGGAAGCUGAAGUAAGUAUAUCUACAUCUAGCCACCUUGUGUCUGCCUCUGAUAAUAAAUCUCGACCUUCAAUCUCUAUUUUACCCGACGAUUCAGAAGAGAAACGAAAGUCCGUUAUUGAUAAAGUGCUAAAGCAGUUCCCUUAUUUAUCUUCGAAGUAUAGCAGGCCCGAAGGGGCGAGCCCUAAAGGGUCAUAA